GAAGCAAGCCAUAUAUCAUUUACGAGACAGACUCUUUUUUCAGUCAAGAUAUGCCACGUCUGUAUUUUUAUUGACAGGAAAACAAUUGCCAACCUAAGAACAUAAUCUCCAUCAUAAAACAGACAAUUAAAAUCGAACGCCUUACUAUCAACAAACGUCAGGAAUGAAUGAAGCCUUCGACGUAAACAAAACCACGUGCCAACAACAACCUUCUCGUUUUGUUAUUUUUGAGAUGGCAAUUCUCUCUGUUUAAAAAGUCUAAAACCCUUUAUAAGGAGAAGGAGAAGGAGAAGACUCUCUCUGUUUGACAUGUUUUGUGACUGAUUUCUUUCGGUUUCCGGUUUUGCUUUCUCAAGAGAUAGUUGUGAAUGAUAUAAUUAAAAGUAUUGGUAAUGUCCAUGAAGUGACUGCACCCUCUGAGAAUAUCAAGUCCUAUUUCGCCAGCCAUUCCUGGGAAAUCUACAAACAUUACAUGAAUCAAAAGCCUUCCUAAUGCAGGGGCUUCGCCUCCAAACCCCAUGUGAUCACUGUGGACUUACUUUCAAUUCAUCAUGAGUGUCACAGUGACCCUUGAAGAUGAGGCGGAGACGAAGUGCCAUGUGCUUUUGUAUGAAAUUGAAAAUGCAGCUGAAGUGAGACAACUCAUUAUGAAGGGACAGGUUGAAGCUAGUCUCAUUAAACCAGAGAUGAUUGUGGACUCCUUCCAAGUCAUUGUUGCAGCUAACAAGGCUGUGCGGUGUUUGGGUCUCAAGAAGAUGACAACAAGAUCUGUUUUUGCAGAGAUUAUUUACAACUUGUCACCAACAAGAACCAUCACAGAAUCCCUAAAGACCUUUGGGUUAGGGGACGAUGACAAGCACAUCCUGGCUGUUGUAUUAGAUGACGGCUCAGGAGAGAAGUUAAAACAACUACAUGGACAAGUUAAAGGAAAAGAAAUACCAAUAGCAGAGCUUUCGUCCCUGACCAACAAAAGCAAAGUGACAGAGACAUACAAGGUGACACCCUCAGAACUAACAGUCAGCAGCCUUGUGGAUGCCGUUGUCUCCAGAAUGGCAUGCAAAGAGUUUCUUCUGUUGUAACAAGCUGAAUGUAAACAGAGUUGCUCUUUGUGAUUUAUAUGAUUUAACUUAAUUAUUAAUAAUAACCCAUUUCAAUUUAA